AUGGUGUUUAUACCACAGUUUUUGUCUCGCACGGCUCUUCUCUUAAGCUUCACUGUACAUUUGGCACGAGCAUAUACAAAUGAUCAAAUUGCUGCCAAAAUUGACAAGGGGACCUUCCAAAGUCCGUCCGCACUUCUCCGUCCUCGAUUUCGAUACUGGGUUCCCGACUCUAGUGUCGAAGAGACGGCAGUGCGGCAUGAUAUCGAGUCGGCAGCAGCUAUUGGCGCGGGAGGUGUGGAGUUUUUGCCCUUCUAUAACUCCGGUGGUGUUCUUGGGGGUGCUCCUCCUGGGGAUGAUUGGUCUAAGAAUGGCUUUGGGACACCAGCAUCCAACAGAAUCUUUCAAGCCGCGUUGGAAACUCAUCGAGAUGCGGGCUUGGUGAUGGAUUUCGCUAUUGGCCCUAACCAAGGACAAGGCGUACCAGCCAAUCCCAAUGAUGAAGGGCUUCAGUGGGAUCUGAUCCCUGUGUCAGAGGCAAUUGCUGCGAACGACUCUUUUCACGGAAUCAUCCCUGGUUGGGGAAGCGGAGACUUCCUCGCGUUGGUAUCGGCGGAGAUGGUCUCCUCAGAGAACAUAAAAAAUACAUCCUUUUCCUCAGGCACCCGAGUUGCUUCUUAUUCCAGACUUAUUCUGAAGGAGAAUACGCUUGCUGACCGGACAUCCGAGGUGUCACCAGGUGGUCACGUAUCUCUUGCCUUUCCACCAAACCUACACAGCACUCGGUAUCGGUUGUUUGCUUUCUACCAACGCCUGACUCACGCAAAGAACCUGGAGUUAUCGAAAAACCAGUCAAAAACAGUAUUUGACAAUGGAUCCUACAACGUUGACCACUUCAGCGCCCGCGGUGCGGAGACUGUGAUUAAGUUUUGGGAAGAACAUAUUUUGAAUGAGAACAUGAAAUCCCUUCUCACAGAAGCCGGGAAUUAUGCUUGGGAGGAUAGCGUGGAAAUCAAAUCCAACACAUCAUGGACACCGUCGCUUCCCAGUGUGUUCAAAGAAAAGUACGGAUAUAGCCUGAUCAAAUACUUACCUCUGAUCAUCUUUGGGAACAACAACAUUGCGAUACAGCAAUCUGAGCCCGGGGCCAUCGAGUGUCUUCUUGACAACCCUGACCAAGGUGUUGGCUUUGUCAAUGAUUACCGAGGUGCGUUAGUGGAAGGAUAUGGGCAGUACCUGAAGACCCUAACGGCAUGGGUGGAGUCGUCUCUAAGCCUGCAGAUGUCUGCGCAGGUGUCUUAUAAUCUUCCCAUGGACAUGGAGGCUAAUAUUCCGUUUGUGAAUGCGCCCGAGUGCGAAAGCCUUGGUUUCGUGGACAACAUCGAUGCCUACAGACAGUUCUCCGGGCCUGCCGUACUGGCUGGCAAAAGAGUCAUCUCCAACGAGAUGGGUGCAGUAUCUAUGGAGGCGUUCCGGUACAUGAUCUCCCAUUUGCUAUGGUCUAUCAAUAGUGCAGUUGUCGGGGGAGUCAAUCAGUUUAUCAUCCACGGUCAACCUUACAGUGGCAAAUACUGGUCAACGACAUGGCCAGGUUACACCGCUUUCUCAUAUUUCUAUUCCGAAAUGUGGUCAGAUAAACAGCCUGCAUGGAACCACGGUUUCUCGAAUGCCCUAGGGUAUAUUAGCAGACUCCAAUACAGCCAGCAGACAGGCAAAUUGAGAACGGACGUUGCUGUUUAUAAUAAACAGUCUGCGACAGAUUUCGCAUUUGCAUCUAGCUUGGCGAAUCUUACGGACAUCAUUCAUGAUGGGUACAGCUACAGCUAUAUUUCGCCUGACAAUUUUGACCUCCCGCAUGCAUAUGUCCGACAAGGGAUUCUUGCCCCAGACGGCCCUGCUUAUAAGUCUCUUGUUAUCCCCAAUACCGCCAAUGUUACGCUCGACUCAAUCAACAAGCUUCGAACAUUUGCAGAGAGCGGAUUUCCGGUCAUUUUGAGCGGUGGGGAUCCAUCCUACUAUAUGACUGGCGCCGCAAGCGAGAAGGGAAACUUCGCAAGGGCAAUUGCCUUGUUGAAAGAAACCGACAAUGUCUAUAGUGCCGCCAACGGAGAGAUUGCCAAUCAGCUAUCCUCUCUGAGUCUGGAUCCUCAAAUCAGAGUACAAUCCAACGGUACAUGGUACACAACCUGGCGUGAAUCGUUGAAUGAGCACAUGGACUUUGCUUUCAUCUUCAAUGCUGGAGAGGCCAGCUCAGGACAUAUCGAAGUAUCCAGCGACAAAAGGCCAUAUGUAUGUAACAUGUGGACAGGAGAUAUCACUCCGGUCAUCAAUUAUCACAAUGCCAACGGCAAAAUCGUUAUUCCUCUACGCCUGGAAUCAAAUCAGACAGCACUUAUCGGAUUCAACGGAGAGAUACGAGAUCGGUCCAACUCAAUUCUCCAGGGCGUUCAGGUGCCUUCUACAGUUCUCGGGUACAAGUACAGCGCAACUUCUUCACAAUUGGUCGACCUCCAUGUUGCUGCUGGAGGACCCGACACCCUUGGUGGCAAGAAUCACAGUGCAUUUUGGGCCCGCAAAGCCGCCUCCAGCUUUCCAAUUACUAAUUGGUCUCUGACUGCGGAGCACUGGGCUGCCCCGACUAAUAUCUCUGAUGCUUCACUGGUUGCAUCAAAGUACAACACGACACAUCAAUUGUCGUCGCUCGUGUCCUGGACAGAAAUCCCUGGCUUAGCAAACUCCUCCGGGGUCGGUUACUAUAGCGCUAGCUUCAAUUGGCCACCACGUACCGGCUCGGCUGAUGGGGCAUACGUCAUUUUCCCCAAGAUCACACACGCGCUUUGUCUCCGCAUCAAUGGGAAUGACCUACCGGCACUUGACUACAACGCACCGAGCAUUGACAUCGGUCCAUACAUAAAACAAGGCCAGAAUGAAAUUUUGGCCAUUGUCCCAACCACCAUGUGGAACUAUCUCAGAAGCAUUUUUGAUCAGAUUGAGAUGUCAGGACUGCCUCCCCUGAUUACCAUCGCGUAUCCUGGCCCCUUGCCUGGGUUGGUUCAGAACGGGCUAAGGGGCACUGUGCAAAUCGUUCCUUACGUGAAGACGGUGGUUGCAGCGUAG